GGCGUCCCGCAGGUAAAUGGGCGGGGUUUAAGUUUGGGUGUGUGACGGAAACAUCAGGUUCAGGUGUACUGUACCGUUUCCCUUGGAUCACAGGAAGAAACUUUGAUUUGCCUCGAAAAUAAUAUUCGGUUUUUAUUUAUUUCUCUGCACUUUUGGAAAGGGGAACAAGUUAACAGAAACUUACUUCUGUGUCUUGGAUUCCAGUUGACGUGAAGAUGAACGCUGCCAGAUAUGGCCAAAACGGUAACGAAGAACGUGUCGAUUUCCUAAAGAACAAGGAGAAGGUCCCGGCGAAGAAAAAAACUGGGAUCCUAAUUGGCAUUGUUGUGGUGCUUUUUAUUCUCACAUCUGUUGCAGCAUUCCUUAUUUGGUUUUUUGUCUUUAAAGAUUCCAAUUCUAAAGCCACCCUUAGUAAGAAUCGCAUCCCUGCAGAGCCAUUAUUCAGUGGCCACAUGAAGCUGAUGGGUGCGACGUAUGACCAAAAGCUGGAGGACACUGACAGCCAGGAGUUCAAGGACUUAGCAGCAAAACUGGAGACUGAUCUGGGGGAAUACUACAAGAUAGAUCCUCUUCUCUCAAAAUAUUACACCAAAUCCAUAGUCACAGCCUUCAGUGAAGGUGUGAAUGCCUAUUACUGGUCCCAGUUCUAUAUUCCAGUCGGUGAACUGGAGCUUGUACCCGAGUUCUCAGAGGAGCGUGUGUUGAACGCACUGGAGAAGAGCAUUCAGGAACCGGACAGCAGGAUGAGCCUCAAUAAUGUCAAGAUUAGGAAAAUCACUGCUUCACUCACAGAUCCACGUAUGGCCAGGAGCCCUCAAGCUGAGGACUGCUUCUUACAUCUGGAAGCUGCUGAGGAAGUACAAAAGUUUUCAUCCGUGGGCUACCCAAAAGGCUACCCCUCUGGAUCACGGUGUCAGUGGCAAAUCCGAGCCUCGGAGGAGAACGCCAUCUCUGUCAGUUUUCCAUCUUUUGACAUUGAAGAUGAUUGCUCCAACGACUUUGUCGCCGUCUUCGACUCUUUGAGUCCAGAUCAGUCUCAGACCAUCACAAAACAAUGUGGGCAAAGGCCUCCCUCCAACCCCCUGAUGGUAAUGUCAUCUGGUAACAUCCUGCUGAUUAGCUUCAUUGCUGACACUAAUGUCCAGAAGCCGGGUUUUCAAGCCGAGUAUAAAGCCAUCCCUAAAACUGAAGUUGAAAAGUGUGGCGGCGUCCUCUCUAAAUCCAGUGGAAACUUCACGUCACCGCUUCACCCCAUCUUCUAUCCGCCCGCUAUAGACUGCAAGUGGAGCAUCCAGGUCAGUAGUGGGUUAAAGGUCCGGAUAAAGUUCAGCAUGUUCCGCAUGAAGGAGCCGGGGGUUGACAUCCGUAGGUGUCACAAAGACUAUGUGGAAAUCAUGAAUACCAAGUAUUGUGGAGAACUGUCUAAUUUGGCUCUGACCAGUGACUCGAACGUCCUGGAAGUGGUCUUUCACUCAGACGAGUCCUUCACAGACAAAGGCUUCAGUGCAGAGUACAGCGCCUACGAUCCUAAAAACCCUUGUCCAGACAAGUUUGCCUGUGAGACUGGCAUGUGCAUCGCUAAAUCACUACAGUGUGACGGCUGGAACGACUGUGGCGACAUGAGCGACGAGGCAAACUGCAAGUGUGACAGCGACCAGUUUUCUUGUGCGAACGGCUUGUGCAAACCAAAGCUCUGGGUGUGUGAUCGUGUCAACGACUGUGGAGACGGGAGCGACGAGAAACAAUGCAGCUGUGAUCCAAACGAGUGGCGCUGUGGGAACGGCGUUUGCCUCCCUCAAGAUGUUGUCUGCAACAACAGGAAAGACUGCGAGGACGGAAGUGAUGAGGCCUCUUGUAAAGCCUCCCCAGAUCUGUGCUCCGACUUUAGCUUCAAGUGUGCGAGCGGUGAAUGUGUCAACAAGGUGAACGCUGAAUGCGACCGCGUCAGUGACUGCGCCGACAAAUCAGACGAGGCCAUCUGUGACUGUGGCACACGGCCCUACAAGCUGAAUCGCAUCGUAGGAGGGCAGAAUGCUGAACUUGGGGAGUGGCCGUGGCAGGUCAGCCUUCACUUCAUGACAGCGGGGCAUGUUUGCGGCGCCUCCAUCCUCUCUGACCGCUGGCUUCUUUCGGCCUCCCACUGCUUUGUCACCCACUCCUCUGACAACCUGAUUCCAUCUAACUGGAUAACAUACAGUGGUUUGCAGUACCAGUACAAGAUCUCUGAUGCUCAGCAGCGUAAAUUGAAGAAGAUCAUCACCCACCCGUUAUACAGCCAGAUGACCUAUGACUAUGACAUUGCACUUCUGGAGCUCAGUGAGCCACUGGUGUUUAGCAACACCAUCCAACCAAUCUGCCUACCAUCUUCCUCCCAUGUCUUCCCAGCAGGCAUGUCAUGCUGGGUCACGGGAUGGGGAGCGCUCCGGGAAGCAGGACAAUUGGCCAUGACCCUCCAGAAGGCAUCGGUGAAAAUCAUCAAUGACACGGUUUGCAAUACGGUCACAGAAAACCAAGUCACAUCCAGGAUGCUCUGCAGCGGCUUCUUGGCUGGAGGAGUCGAUGCGUGUCAGGGAGACUCCGGAGGCCCCCUGGUGUGCUUCGAGGAAAGUGGGAAAUGGUUCCAGGCUGGCAUAGUGAGCUGGGGUGAGGGCUGCGCACGUCGGAACAAGCCUGGUGUCUACUCGCGCAUCACCAAGCUGAGAGACUGGAUCAAACAGGAGGCAGGAAUUUGAUGAUGAUGACAUUGAGGGCGGGCAACAUCCAAGGGCUAAAAAUAAAAACGGGACUUUUUGAUUUGGUUCAAGAUUAUUCAGUCCAAGUUUUAUUCUUUUUAGCAGCAGACUGAGCGUGCUGUUUGGGGCUCAGCUUACUCGAGCACUUUAUUUGGUUGCCAACACCCACACGAGUCCCUUCAAUCAAAUACACACACUAAAAUCAAGUUACACAUAUUAUAUUUUUGUAUAGAUUUUAAAUACUUUUUUUUUUUUUUUUUUGCAGUUUAUGCCCCAUCUGUCCAGUCCAUGUGUAUGUUGAUUAUAUUGUAAAAUGUGUUCAAAUCUGAAAACAACUUAGGAUAGGACGUAGUUCAGAUCUUUAUAA